UGGCGCGCAGUCGGGUCCAGAUGGCCGCGGAAGCGUUACGUGUGAUUGGUUGAAAUUUUACUCGUCUCGGUUGACAUUUUUUUUUAAUUAUAAUUAAAAAAAAAGGUUCUUUAUCGCGUCGUGUUUGUAUAGAAUUGUAUUCAGUGGGCUUAUGAUUGGUCGGUGUUGUGUACGUGUUGUGUAGUUAAUUUAGCGACAUUUUGUUUUGUUGUAUUCAAAUUAAAGCGGUUUUUUAUCGCGACUAGUUUGUGUGUUGCAAAAAAAAUGUGAUACAGUCGUGUACGUGAUAAAAGUUUUAUAUUAUAAGUCAACGUUAGUGUUUAGUUUGGAUUUUUAGCGGGAUUCUUUUGUUGGCAACUAUUCCGCAUCUAUGUAUACAACUGGCAUAGCACAGCUGGGAAAUGUGUCCAAAGUCCGUUGAGCGGCUAUUGCCGCAGUCAGAAUGCGUUCUCUGUUAGCGUAUUACGCUGAUGCAGUGAUGUUGGCUGCGAGGGGCACGGGCUGUGCCCUCGGCUGCAGCGGCCGCGGGGAUUGCAUGAACGGUACCUGCCUCUGUGAGAUAAGAUACUCGGGAGAUGAAUGCGCCGGUCCCAACUUGCCUUACCACGCCUGUAUCGGUGGAGUUUUCCUCAUGGUGGCGUUCGUGUGUGCCGUUCAGCUGACUGUGUGCGUGGUGACGGAGUAUAAACGUCUGAAAGCCCCAACUAUCCUCAGGGCAUGUAAGGUCACCACACAGAAGAUGCUCUACUUCGUAGCGUUCCUCGCGUCAUUCAUCCGCGGAGCAUACUUUGUGUCACCCUCUGCCUUCCAAGAGGGUUGGGCAACCAGUCUUCUGUCGGCGUACUACCCUCUCAUGAUAUCUGGGUCUUCGCUCAUAGUCUGCUUCUGGGCUGAGGUGUUCCAUCUUCGUGACAUCCGCUGGGAGCGUCCUCGGUUCCUGUCCAAGACAUUCCUGGCUUUCGCGACCUUCAAUGUGAUCAUUUACACGCUGCUGGCAGCUGAGGUCCUCGCCACAAACGUAGCGGACACCACCGCCGAGAAGAAGAACUUCUACCAGCACGUGUUCAACGGUUGCUACGCUGUACUUCUAUUCAUAGUCGUCAUAUUUUUCCUGUUGUAUGGCGUCGAAGUCUACUUUAAGCUUCGCGGGGAAUUCCUCAAAGAGACUAAAGUCUGCACGAUCAUACUACCAAGACCCGGCCCAUCUACGGCCGCUGAGGGUGACGACGUUCAAGAUACGCUGGUCGCUAAGCAGGGUGUCCAGACAGAUUUAUCUGAUGGCGAUGGCAGUAUAGACCCUCGAUCAGUAAAUCUCUCCCAGCUUCAUCAGUCGCGGCUGGGGCUGGUCAGUCAGGCUCUCAUGUUGAUACUCAUAGCUGGUUUCCUCGCAUCGGAAACUCUCAGCGAAUUCUGGAAGACGAAAGUGCCAGUAGUGUCACGUAAUUGGCACGACCUGGUGUUCCGUUUGGCGGAGAUUGGUGUAGCGCUAUGGUUCCCGUGUGUACUCUGGAACUGUAUGGCUCCCGAACGUCUUUGGUUGUUGAACCCGCGCCGGUUGUUGGCGCGCCAGUUGGACGAUGCCAGCUUGGCGGAUCUAUUGGCUAACAAGCGACCGGCUGAUGCCAAGAGCUUAGCCGAGUUUUCUCAACUGUCGUGGCGCGAUAAGGCGCUAUAUGUCUGUCGGCUGGUCCAACAUUGGCGAUGGUGUCUUUGGACAGUUUUUCUCACCAUGUUCGUUUAUUCGAAACGCGUGAAAUCUAUCGCUGGGGCCGCUCCGAAUGUCGAGACGGACUCUCUGGUUGGCAGCGUGGGUUCCCACCGCGACUGCUGGAUCUGUUACGACAGCUCGCGCCAGGAGCCUCUCAUCACGCCUUGCAGGUGUACAGGGGAUGUCGCGGCUGUUCAUCACGACUGCCUGAGUCGAUGGCUCGUGGAGAGCGCUGCGACUCCGGACGGUCUCAAGUGUAAAGUAUGCAACACGCCGUACAUAGUUCAAGAGACGAACAGGGUUGAAUGGGAGCGAGGGUUUACAGCUACACACUGGGUCCGCACAGGUCUUUGUGUGAUGGCGAUGUGUGGUGCUGGAGGUGCCGCCUGGGUCCUCGUCCAGCUGUUCCCUGCGCCUGUUCCUAGAGUUCUGGCAGCUGGAGCCGCCCUCCUCAUAUGCUAUGUGGCCAUCAGGUUUCUCAGCGUGAAUACUGUGACAGCGUACCAGCGGGCGAAGGUCUCUUCCCUGCGCAUCCUGACUGAACCCGUGGACGCAUCAGACACACAACUAUCGACUAUCAGCAAGACGGUCACAGUAGAUAUACCGUCCAAGGCGGUACUGGAGCAGGCCUUGAAGGGAGACGUAAAGUAAACAGUGAUAAGAACCGAUGAAACAGUGAUGGAAGUGAUGAACAUUUGUGUGAUGAUGAUGAUGAUGAUAAAAAUAAAUCACGCUGUCAUCACAAACGACAACAAACAGUCUGAUGGCAAUAAUACAGAAUUAUAACAAUUCCAAUGUAAGCGACCCCGUCAAUUUCACUCCACAAUACAAAACGGACGCCAUUUACUUGGGAUUGUAUUUAUGUAGUAUGAUAAAUUUUAUAUUUAAGUAUCGUGAUGUUUAGUACAAACGUACACUUAGAAGACAUACAUUCUCAAUGUAAUAUAUUGCCAAAUUUUUUAAUAUUACUAACCACGUAACAGUGUAUCCCAGAGCGAUUCAAUAGUACUUCAUAUAUAUAUUAAUUAUCUGUGAAAUUGUAUUGCUUUUCAAUUUUACAGUGAAGCCGCAAUGCAAUUAACAUAGUAAUUGCUGGAUUUUAAUUGCAAUUUUGCUAGUUAUUAUUUGAGUUGUUUUUGCCUUUUCAUUCAUUUCAUGUUUGAAUUUAGACCAGUUGAAUUUCAUUUCUUGAUAAUGGAAAUUUGUUUAAAAGUAUCCGCUAUGUAUGAAUAUUUUAUUUUUUAUGAAAUAAAAUACAAAAAAAAUACAUAUAUCAAAAAUUAAAGAAGCAUGUCUUUUUUCUUUUACAAUACAUUUUUUUUAGUCAAUUAAACUAUCACUAUGUCACACACACAUACACACACAAACAUAUACACACACACACACACAUAUAUAUAUAAGUUUCAUUUUGUCUUUUUGUUUUUUGAUUUUUCAUUGUCUCUUAAUAAAAUUCAAUAUAUGUUUCAAAGAAUAUAGAAUGCAUUGUUAAGGUUAUAAAUUGAUUUUUGAUAAAUAUUCGAUUAAAAAUUGCCAAAGUGCCAAAGAUUCACGAGGGAAGACGUUUGUUUCGGUUGUAUUUAAAAAAAAUAAAAUUAAAAAUAUAUUCCACAUUAAUAUCUAUUAAAUAUACAUUCAGUAUGUUUUGUUUUAUAUAAAAUUAGUUUUAAUUCCUUCGUAUUAUUUUCGCCUGUAGUGUGUCCAAGGAAACAAGAUAAAAUAUGUAAACGAAUGUUUAUAGCUUUUCAACGGUGUUUUUUUUUUUAUUAUAAUUUCUUUGGCUUUAAUAUAGAAAUAUGAAAUAGAGAGCUAGCCGUUAUAUUUUAUUAUUUGUGAACUAGAUUUUUCUUGUUAUAUUUUUCAAGUCGCAGUAAUAUAUUAAUUUUUAUUUUUUUUUGUAAGGUGCGAAAAUUAUUAUCUUCGUGUAGUUGUACGUGUAAUGUCUUGAAAUUUCUAGAAACCUUAGAUUAUAUAUUGUAAAUAUUGAAUAGAACUUUGAAGUAUUUUCGUGUUAUGGAGAUUUGGAAACAAAUUAAAACUUAUAGAUUA